AUGGAAUUGUUAACAUCAUUAACAGUUAACAAACCAGUUGUGAUUUUCAGCAAAAGCACUUGUUCCAUGACUCAAACAGUGAAAGCACUAAUAAAAAGCUUUGGUGCCAACCCUAUAGUUAUUCAGAUUGACAGAAUGCCACUUGGACAACCAGUAGAGAGAGCACUGAUUCAGAUUGGUUGUAAACCAAGUGUGCCUGCAGUUUUCAUAGGACAACAAUUUAUUGGUGGUACUGAUGAACUUAUAAGUCUCAAUGUUCAAAACAGGCUUUCUGAAUUGCUUAUUAACGCUAGUGCUAUAUUCAUGUGGAAUGGCUAG